GCGAGGUAGUGUUUUGGGGGGAGGAGGAGGCGGAGGGGACGGUGGAGCUCGCCCAGAUCGGGGCGGAGCGGACGAGGAACGUGCUCGUGCUCAUGAGCGACACCGGCGGCGGCCACCGCGCCUCCGCCGAGGCCCUCCGCGACGCGUUCCGGAUCGAGUUCGGCGACGAUUACAAGGUGUUUGUUAAGGAUUUGUUUAAAGAUCAUGCAGGAUGGCCACUGAAUAACAUGGAGAGAUCCUACAAGUUCAUGCUGAAGCAUGUCCAGCUGUGGAAAGUGGCCUUUCACUCCACCUCCCCUCGCUGGGUCCACAACUCCUAUCUCGCCGCACUCGCCGCCUUCUAUGCCACGAAGUUUGAGGCCGGUCUGAAGAAGUACAAGCCGGACAUCAUCAUCAGCGUCCAUCCCCUCAUGCAACACAUUCCUCUGUGGGUUCUCAAAUGGCAGGCCCUUCAAAAUAGAGUUGUUUUCGUCACCGUCAUCACAGACCUAAAUACUUGCCACCCUACAUGGUUUCAUACCAGUGUCAACAGAUGUUAUUGCCCUUCAGAGGAGGUUUCAAAGAGGGCAUUGCUCGAGGGCCUAGAGCCUUCGCAGAUUCGUGUGUUUGGCUUGCCAAUUAGACCGUCCUUUUGUCGUGCGGUACUUGUAAAGGAAGAGUUGAGAAAAGAGCUUGAUAUGGACCCUGAAUUGCCUGCUGUGCUAUUGAUGGGAGGUGGCGAGGGAAUGGGUCCAGUCAAGACUACUGCAAGGGCCCUUGGAGAAUCACUCUUUGACGAAGAGCUUGGAAGGCCAAUUGGGCAAUUGAUUGUUAUCUGCGGCCGUAAUAAAUCUUUAAGCUCCACACUAGGUGCUCUCGAGUGGAAGAUCCCUGUGAAGAUUAGGGGAUUUGAGACUCAGAUGGAAAAGUGGAUGGGGGCUUGCGAUUGCAUUAUUACGAAGGCAGGGCCAGGUACUAUUGCCGAAGCGCUGAUAAGGGGGCUUCCCAUUAUCCUCAAUGACUUUAUUCCUGGACAGGAAGUUGGAAACGUCCCUUAUGUCGUUGACAACGGGGCGGGGGUGUUCUCAAAAAGUCCGAAGGAGACAGCCAAAUUAGUCGCGCAAUGGUUCGGCCCCGAAUCAGGAGAGCUCAAAAGGAUAUCGGAGAAUGCACUUAAACUGGCUCAGCCGGAUGCAGUGUUCCACAUCGUUCAGGAUAUCCAUGAGCUCGCCGAGAAACAAGGUCCCUUAUCGCGCAUAUCUUAUCCCCUCACUUCAACCUUCUACCAAUCACCAUAACAGCUCACUGUUUCGCUGUUCGAUUGAUCGAUCGAAACCGCCCAAAUCUAACCUCUGCUCUGAGGGUUUUGAAUUGUGCAUAUAUGUACAGCUAGGAUUGGCAUUCUUUGGUACUGAUCAUGGCUCAUUUUGUGCGGUGAAGUCUCUACAUAAUUCUCGCAGAUGUCGUUCUCGACGUAUUAUUAGGUUGUUAGACGUAAAUUCGUGUAUAAUUAUUAUACGGCGUGGAUGAUAGACUUUUGUUGUACAGAUUACUGCAAUUCCUUGUAUAAAAUGCAUGGCAUGUACCUAAGCGUGCGGGAGAAUGUUUUCUUGUUUGUGUUAUUUGUUACUAAUUUUGAUACCAAAGUUUGCAAUAUUAGUAAUAGCUGUGCUGAUAAGCUCUUGUGGAA